GGGUCCGGGUGCUGGGCGCCCGGCCCGAGGGAGGAGCGCGGGCUGCUCGGGGCUGCCGGGCCUGGGGGGAGAGUGGGCGAGCUGGGGAAACGGAAGAGGGGAGGGCAGGGCUGAGCCCGAGCCGGAGCCGCAGGUUCUGCGGCCGGAGCUGCGUGAUCGGGGACGGGGCGGGGGUGGGGAGUAAGGUUUCCAGGCGUGUGGACAGAUGCCCGCGACUUGGGGCGAUUCUCUGUGCAGGCCUGUGAGGGCGGGAUAGGCAUGCCCUCUCCUGGAGAAAGUUACUGAUGCGGAAGAAGAAAUUGACUUAAAUGAAUAACAUGAAGUCCAGCAGAACCCCAGUUUUUAUUAUUUCAGUUCAGGGAAGUAAAAGUAAACCACUGCUAUCUUUGCCUGGUGAUAUCCUGUGUUUUACUACUGGAAACGCGCAGCUUUUCUAAUACUCAUGAUGUCUGUAGGGAAAUCGUUGAAAAAAAGACCUUGUAGAAGUUUAUCAAGAGGCAAAACUAAGAAAAAUGAAUCCAACUCUAUUAUUGCCUUUUUUAACAACGCACCUCCUGUUAAACUUGCCUGCCCCAUUUGUAGUAAAAUGGUGCCAAGAUACGAGCUAAACCGGCACCUUGAUGAAAUGUGUGCUGACAAUGGUGAUGUCACUGCAGGUGACCCCGGGCAUGUUGGCUUAAGUUCAAAUGUGCCCACAGUAGAUUUGAGCAAUAUUGGCUUAGAAGAUAUAACGCCAGAGAAGUCAUCACUGUCAAAGGUCAGUUUAACCCCUGGCCAAAGUGGUUCAGCAAAAAUGGGUACAAAACAGCAGACCAGCCCCUAUUUUAAGAGUAAUGGUGACUCAGUGUGCAGAAGUCAAGAUGGGCUGACACAUCAUAAUGUAAAAGUCAUCCCUCUGGGAAGCCUGUCAUCUAAAUUGUCCAGAAGAUAUAUAAAGGCUAAAAGAUCAAUAGAUAAGAAUGAAGGAUUCACCACUCAGAGUCCACAGAGUUCCUUGUCCACAGGGGUUAAGAGCCUGGUUGAUCAGUGUUCAGAGAUGGAUGGCCAGGAUCAGCUUUUGGAGAACAGUUCUCAAAAGGAAAACAUGUUUGCGUGUGAUUCUCUGGAGGAAGCACGCAGUCCCGAACAGACUGUGGAAGGCACUAAAAUAAUGGAAGCAGGAGGCCAAACUGCUGCGCAGGAGUGUGGGAAAUCAACUCUCACCCCCGCCUUCUCAGAUAAUGCUCCCGUGUUACUUUCACCAGAUUUAACUCUUGGGCAUAAAUUAAAGUCUGCUUCAGAGGACCAUCGUGCAAAGCAGGAGAGUAUCAAAGGAGCAGAUGGUAAAGGUGUUGAAAAAUGUGAGGCAGGUCAUUGUGAAGAGGUAAAAGUGACUGUUGUUUCAGAAGCUGCAACCCAGUCACAUUGGGAGGUGAAAUCUCAUAGUUCUACACACGAUGCUUCUACAUGGAAUAACAGCCAAGCACUUUGUCUGGAAGGUGACAGUAACUUAAAAAAUGAAAUCACUCACCAAAUUCCUUUGGAGCAGGGGUCAAGCUGUGAUGUUUCCUGUGUAACAAGUCCGGUGCCACUGGACCAUCCUUACUACCUUCGGAGUUUUCUCGUAGUGCUGAAAGCUGUGUUUGAGAGUGAAGAAGACAGGAUGCUCUUUGAUGAACACGAGAAGGGCAUUGUAACUAAAUUUCAUCAGUUAUCAGCUAGCGGUCAAAAGUUAUAUGUCAGACUUUUUCAACGUAAAUUCGGCUGGAUUAAGAUGAACAAGCUGGAGUAUGAGGAGAUCUCUGCGGACUUAACCCCAGUGGUGGGAGAGCUGACACACGCAGGCUUCCUGCAGACGGAAUCUGAGUUGCAAGAACUCUCUGAGGUGCUCGAGCUCCUUUCUGCUCCAGAACUGAAGACCCUGGCAAAGACCUUCCACUUGGUGAAUCCCAAUGGACAGAAGCAGCACCUGGUGGACGCGUUCCUCAAGUUGGCCAAACAGCCUUCAGUCUGCACUUGGGGCAAGAAUCAGCCUGGCAUCGGUGCAGUGAUUUUGAAAAGAGCUAAAGACCUGGCGGGACAGUCUCUGAGAGUCUGUAGAGGCCCUCGGGCUGUGUUUUCCCGGGUCCUGCUGCUGUUUUCACUGACUGACUCAGUGGAAGAUGAAGAGGCAGCCUGCGGUGGGCAGGGCCAGCUUUCUACGGUGCUGCUGGUCAACCUCGGCCGCAUGGAGUUUCCCAGGUACACCGUCAAUCGGAAAACCCAAAUCUUCCAGGAUAGAGAGGAUCUCAUCAGGUACGCAGCGGCCGCGCACAUGCUGAAUGACAUCUCCACGGCGAUGGCCAGCGGGGCCUGGGAGGAAGCCAGGGAGCUCGCUCGGUCUGCGAAGCAGGAUUGGGACAGACUGAAAGACCACCCGUCCCUGAGAUACCACAAGAAUUUACCACUCUUUCUCCGGUGUUUUACCGUUGGGUGGGUUUAUACGAGGAUUUUGUCCCGAAACGUUGAAAUACUGCAGAGACUUCACAUGUACGAGGAGGCCGUCAAGGAGCUUGAAAACCUUUUGUCCCAGGAAGUGUACUGUCCUGACAGCAGAGGCCGGUGGUGGGACCGGCUGGCUCUCAACUUGCACCAGCACCUGAAGCGCCUGGAGCCGGCCAUCAAGUGCAUCGCAGCAGGGCUGGCGGAUCCGGAUGUGCGGACGGGCCACCGCCUCUCGCUCUAUCAGAGGGCCGUGCGCCUGCGGGCGUCUCCCAGCUGCCAGAAGUACGGGCACCUCUUGCGCCAGCUCCCAGAAGUCACCGUGGAUGAUGUCAAACAUGUGACCGUCACAGGCCGGCUGUGCCCGCAGCGUGGGAUGGGCAAGUCUGUCUUCGUGCUGGAGGCUGGAGGGGCCGCCCCUGCCACCAUCCUGUGCUCUGUGGAGGAGCUGGCACUGGCCCAUUACAGACGCUGUGGCUUCGACCAGGAAACGUGCACGAAUGUGCGUGAUCACCCACCCCUCCAGCGGCACCUGCUUUCAUGCAUCUCCUGGGAACGGAGGCCUCACAGUGAAAUGAGAGAUGUGACCUCUUGAGAGAGAAACACCACUUGUUCCUGCAGAACCGGGCUGCUGUGUGUGUAUGAGUGUGUACAUAGGUGUGUGUGGCUGCAGGGCAGGUGGUCUGUGGCCCCUCGGGGAUGAGGGGGACUUUGCUUCUUGAGCUGCUGAUGGGAUGCUCUCUGUGUCUCAGGCCAGGGAUGCAGAGCGACCAGGACCAGGUGCCCCCGGUUCUCUUCUUUCUGGGCUGCUUAGCAUCCUCUUCGUUCAGAUUUUGUAGGUUUUGUUCAGAGGCUGCUUUCUGAACCCCAUAGAGCCUAAGUGGGAAUUAAUUCUGCCUGGUUCCAGGAACUGGGGGCCGAGGACUCCCAUCGGCCCUUGUGGGGAGGGGAGGAGGCCUGGUGAGGGCACCUAGAGUCUCUGCUGCUCGGGGUAAAGGCACCAGAGGGAGAGACCCCUCGGCCGGCAGAUGCACUGGAACCUCAGGGAGGUGAUAAACGUCCCUGGCCGGCGAGGGGAUGCGGCAGGCCCGCCAGGAUGGACCAGACCUGGAUCUUGUCGCCCCACUUCCUCCCGAGCCUGUGUCCCUGUGUCCCCUCUGAGUGGUGGGAGCAGCCCCCAGUCCCCCUCCUAGCGCCUGGGCCAUCACCCGGUAUGCGGGUCUCAGCCAGGAGAUGCCGAGGGCAAGGGGUCCACGUUUGGGAGUUGGGACUGGCCAUUUGAGAAACACCCGAGUAAGACACGUGGUGACCCGUGUGUGAUGGCCUGUGUGCUGUCAGCAGCCCAGGGACUGCGGUCCAGACACAGUAGAGGGGCUGCACCCAUCUGCACAUGCGUGCGGGGCCACCCUGUGCCGCAGGGCCUGCGCCAGGUCGCGGGUUGUCACCUGCAGGUCUACUCACAUAAAAGCAGCACAGAGCUGUGUGUUAAGAUUAUUAAGAUCUGCUUAUCCCUCCUGUCCACUGGAGGUGGCUCGGCUUGUGUGUGUCCCUAUCAGCUCUCUUCCCCUUUUCCAUUCUGUCUUUGAUUUUGGCCUCAGAGAAAGAGCUGCAAAUUCAGCACUUUGUCUAAGGCUGGGGCUAAAGAAAAGAUUGUAUUUGCCUUAUAACUGUUAAAAGGAACUGGUCAAUCUCUGUCCUUAGUGAAUGUACUGAAGAAAAAAGUAUCAUAAAUACUGUGAGGGAACUGCAGAGGAAGCCCCAGCUGCCUGUUGUGGCAAGGAUGAGGGCGGGGCAGUUACCCUGGAGGGACUGGUGGGAGGGGUUUAAACUGCCCCCGCCCCCCAGGAGGUCUGUGCUGAAGGGUCACUAGGUUAAAGAACACUCAGGUGUCUUCACAUAUGUGAAAAUUAGGACAUCGUUUCACUGGCGUGUGAUGUGAGUGUUCGGAUCAGUGAGGACACAAAACGACCCUGCAGGAGGGGACCUCAUAACACACAGGCCUCUUUCUGUUGCAUGUUCAAGAUGAUGGUUAAAUCUGCAUGACAUCUGUAUCACUUACCUGGAAGGCGAUGCUAUUGAGGAUGAAGUGCACAUGCCAGUGAUGACAGAGAUACAGCAGACCCGGAGGGUUAGAAAUAAAAGAACAGAAUGCAGGUCCUGGUCCCCACGGCGGUGGUGGGAGUCCUGUAACCCAGCGUCGGGGCUGUGAGCCACACGCAGUGAAGGCUUUCAGUUUAGCUGUGAGCUUGAAAGACAGUUCCAAUUCUGGAAUGUCAAUUUUUAUAUAAAAUAUUUUUUCCUUUAUUAAAAUCGAUGCAGUGAACCUGAACAGAACCCUGCCGUGGGCCUUUCCUCUGGGGGAGGUUUGGUGGGAGGGCAACCUCAGACCCUCCGGGGAAGUUUAUUUCUGAGUUCCUCAGAAUGAUCUCCCCAAAUGAUUGGACUUACAGCACCAAUGCAUGCGGACAGCUCAGGGUUCAGGGUUCAGGGAUGCUGCCAUCCAGGGUGGAGAGCCAGGCCUGCCUCCCUGAGCCAGGCAGGCCUGCAGGGCUCCAGGGCAAGGCUCCAGGGCAGCCUGAGCGGAUCGCAGGGACGGGCUGUGGGGCAGGGUCCAGAGCCGAAGGGGUGCACAGCACAGCAUGGGUGGGGAGAGGGGGCAGAGUUGCCUCCAGGGGGCCUUGAUACGGACCUGUGCUGCCCCUGACCUUGUGUGCAAAGCCCCUGGCCUGCCAGCCAGAGAGAUGCUACAGCCUGUUCAGGGGGUGCAGGUGUCAGGUGUGCCGAGGGGCCGGGAAGGGCUCACUCCCUGCUCAACCGUUCACAUGGCCUGGGGCUGGGGCUGGCUACUCUGAGGUCACUGCCCCAUCAUUUGAUCUGGAUGUGGGUUGGGGGCGGGGGGGGGGUGGUGCCUGGACUGGGUGGUCUCUGACGCAGAAGGUUUCUUUAAAGCCCAGAGUCUUAGAAACCCCGGGUAGUGUCCAGGCCGAGGCAGAGGAGUGCUGGGUGGAGGAGGUGAAUGGGGUCAGAGGGCACAGGCUCCCAGGGAGCUUAGCCUCCCGCCUCAGACUCCUUACCAGAAGCCUUUUUCAAGUGAGGCCGAAGGACCCCUGCCCUAGAGCCCUCCAAGGGGUGCCCCCGCCUCUGGGCCCACUGAAUUGAACCUGCAGAGCCCUAGCAGGGAAUCUGCUUUUAUUUAUUUUUAAACAGGUUCCUUACGUUUUUCUGCUCUGUGGCUCUGAAAUGGGCAUUUGAAUUUUCUCAUUAUUAUUAAGAUUUUUGCCCUUAAGCAAGGCUUCUGUAUAUAAGCAAUAUAAUGUAAAAAAAAAUGAGCUAGGAAUGGAACCAAAACAGCAUUUGCUUUUGAAUGUAAAGAAUUUAUUUUCUUCAAAUUGAGUAGGCAGUAGGAUAUGGUGGUGGUUUUUAAAAAGCAGAAGAAA